GAUGGACCCAGAGUCAAAGGCUGAGCUGGCAUUCCCUGUAGCGGCGUUCAUCGAGACGCUGUUAUAUGGAGUGUACACAUGUCUGUUCUUCAUGGCCAUGGGCGUGAUGACGAACCGAAAGGUGUCAGGACGCGCGACAUCCUCGACUCGGGUGUUCCUCAUCGCCACACUCCUUAUGUUCGUCACAGCAACGGUGCAUUUAGCAUUUACGCUGUAUCGUUUCUUCCGAGCAUUCAUCCUCCAUGUCGACCCGAGAGGACCUCGCUACUAUUUGCUCGAUAUCACCCGGUGGGACGCUACAGCGGACAGUAUCCUUAUAUGCGUUAUGACUUGGUUGGGUGAUGCUCUCGUGAUAUACCGCUGCUAUUUUGUUUGGAAUCGGAAUGUUUUGAUUAUUGCUUUGCCUACCCUUCUUUUGCUCGCUGCCGCCGCUAUCAAUACCUACUGCCUCGUUUGGUUCGAAAACCCUACAAUUGCGGACCCACUAUCCAUGUGGCCCUGGCUUGAUGCCAUAUUCCCUCUUGCGCUCGCACAGAACAUUUUGACGACUGGUUUACUCCUCCUCAAGAUCUGGCUUCAACAUCGCGCCUCUUCCGUAUCUGGCGUGAUCGACCGCAGCUCACGACUCAGCCUCGUGCGCAUUCUUCGCAUUAUCGUCGAGAGCGCCAUGAUAUAUACUAUCCAAAUCAUGAUCCUUACCAUCCUCUACUUCCGGAGAGAAGGUCACCAGAUCAUUGUCCAACUUGCUAUCAUUCCGAGUAUCGGCAUCGUCUUCGUCCUUAUCGCCGUGCGUGUGCACCUCGCGAAGCAAUCGACCACCGCCAUCGACACCACGCGCGAGACCAUGCCGGUCUGGGCCUCAGCCACAAACGACAGCGCCAUCGAGCUGAGCCAGUCCAGCAUUGGUGUCUCAUUCCCUGCCGAGAAGACCAACAGAGACGACGACGAUCCUUCAGGCGCGAGCUCAUCAUCGUCGAGACGCAAGAAGACCCAUUCCCUCUCUGGAGGAUACGACCCCGAAUCGCAAUA